GGGAGGAUCGAGAACUGGUGUGGUCUAUCAAUGGAGGAUGACGUAGAUCGACUCUUCCAAUGCUUCAAAUGCGGCGUCUCUCCUCCUCAAUCUGCUUUUAGACAAAGGAAGAAACGACAGCACAGUGUGAAGGCAAAUGAUUCAGCUCAAGCAGCAUCCACCUCCUGUAGCAUAACAUCUUCCAGCCCAGCAGGGGAAAGUCAUCGAGAUUCACCCGAAACCCAGCCCUCUAUCCAGAAUCCUUUUCCAUCAGCGGCCAUUACAACAAACUUGAACACCAAGAAGCAAUUUUCCCCAAUUGUCUUCUAUGGCUCACCGCAUGGGGUUCCUCCAAAGAGACCAGCUCGUUUGCUGCGAUUGUUACAUGAAAUUCGCGUUGAUCUCUCUGAAAAGAAUAAGUUGAGGGAGGACAUCUGGGCUACUUUCCCAAGGCAGGAUGAAGCAAUUAAAUAUGCCAAAGAGCAUUGUAAAUCUCAUGUUUUUUGUUACCAGGAUCAUGCAAAUGGCCAGAGAAGAUAUCUUGUUUCAACUUACCAGGAGUUUUGGAAAAGGUACAAGCAGAUGAACCCAAAGUUUCGCCACCACUAUGAAGUGAUUCAAGAGGGAUUACCAUGUCAUCUCUAUUUUGAUUUGGAAUUCAGUAAGAGAGAAAAUGUACAAAAGAAUGGAGAUGAAAUGGUCGAUCUCCUUCUAUCCAUUGUAUUUGAUGCCCUACAUGAGAAUUACAGUAUUGAUAAAAGCCAUGACUGCAUUGUAGAACUGGAUUCAUCCACUGAAGAAAAGUUUUCUCGUCAUUUAAUUCUCCGACUACCCAAGACUGCUUUUAAGGACAACUCACAUGCUGGUGCAUUUGUUGCUGAGGUCUGUUCACGUAUUCAUAAAUCAAGGGAGACAGAAGAAAGAUUUAAGAAUCUGUUUGUGUCGAAAGAUUCAAGUGAAACCAAUUGUCAGUGCCAGCUUUUUGUGGAUAAUGCUGUGUAUUCAAGAAACCGCUGCUUUCGCCUACCUCUAUCAUCUAAAGCCGGCAAGAGUUCUGUGCUUCUACCUAGUGGGCGGUUUAAAUGCAAGGACAUGAGUGAAGAAGAAGUGUUUAUGGCAUCCUUGAUUUGCAGCAUGGAUGAUGAUUGUGAGAAGCUUUUGAUUUGUAAGAUGGACACAGAUUGUGUGAAGUCUCUGCGCUUUGAUUCAGAGACUAGCAUUAAGUUUGAUAAGCAUUCUAAUUUAGCUCAAGAGUUUGACUGGAAUGCUUGCACAAUUGAUGCUUCAAGAACCUAUAUGAUGGGCAAAUCACCAUUCCCAUCUUUCGAUGUUUUCAUUGAAAAUGUUGCCUCCAUUGGAAAUAAAUCAGGGAAGAUUCGGAGUUGGUACUGGUUUUCAGAAUAUGGAUUGAUGAUAUAUAGCAUGUCAAGAAAUAGAUAUUGUGAACGGAUUGGCAGACAACAUAAAAGCAACCAUGUAAUGUACGUUGUUGAUAUUAGAAGGGGCAAUUAUUAUCAGAAGUGUCAUGAUCCUGAUUGCAGAGGAUAUCGAUCUCCUUUACGUCCAGUUCCAAACGGUGUUAUUCCCGAUCCUGGAGUUUUCCUCCACCUGUCAGGACAAACUGAGGUUCCAGUAGAUACAGCAUCAACAGCUGAUCAAAGUCUAAUGGAUAGCUGCAAGAAAGAGUGGUGGACUGAAGCCAUAAGACUUGCAGACCAGGUUGAAAGCAUACAGAGAACGCUAGAUCUAACUGGCAUGGCCGAAAAGUGGGAAGAAGAUGAUGACUGGUGGAGGGCUGUUGAAAGGACAGCAUCCCAGACAGAAUCGAAGUACUCUAGCCAAGCAUGACUACUAUUGCAAAAGUGUUCAGUUCAUAUUGCCUCGGCCAAGUUUGACCAUCUCCUGAAAGAAAGACGAAAGCCAAAGCAGAAAGACAGAUGAUUGAUUCAAGGGAGUGUUUGACUAAAAUUAACGUGGUUUCCACAGUUUAUGCGAUCUUGUUAACAGGAGGAUAUCAAUAGCUUCAUGAUUCAACCCUUAUUACAUGAUGGAUGGCUCAUCAACAUGAUCCCAACAGGACAGGGAUGUUCAAGCAUUUCUUUUUGCAUGUUCCAAUCAGUGAAAACUUGUAUAAUGAGGUGCUCCGUGCAUGAGUAGAAAUCUGAAUGACAUUAAUAAUUUUAGUAAGCUCAAGAGGCUUAUAACCCA